UACAAGCUGUGCGUUACAGUCGAUGGACUUUUAUGUAAAUAAAUAUUUCAAACUUUAUUCCUUCACAAGUAGUCUGGUCUUGUGACUUUAUUCUUCCUAUACCUAAAUACUCCGGGUUCCUUAAAUCACUUCUGGUCUAUUUCACCAUUCUACUGCUUAUACAAUGGAUGGAAAAGACCGAGAAAAUAUUUUCAAGCUAAUCAAGCGUGCAAAGGAACUACAAAAUGAUGAAGAAAAGAGUCACCUAAGAAAACGAACUGAAGGUCAACUGUUAAAAUUUACAAAUGUUAUGAAAGGUUAUCAAUAUCGUUGGUUUGUGAUAGAUCCGGAUUCAGGAAGGAUUGAAUAUUAUGAGAAAGAAGAUCAUAAACGAUCACUGAAACCUCGUGGAACUCUAAAUCUGGUAUAUGCCUCCAUAUGUCCUUCAGAUGAAGAUUCACAAACCUUUUUUAUUAACGCUUCAAAUGGUGAUUUAUUGAAACUGAAAGCAAUUGAUGCUAAAGAGAGACAAUAUUGGGUAGAUCGUCUUCGAGCAGUUUCUGAAUAUCAUUCAGAGAAAGCUGAACAACACCCAUUAAUCGGUACUUUAUCUGGCACUUCUACGGCUUCCAACCAUACAGAUCCACAAAAUACCGGAUCUCAAGCGUUAAAUUCAUCUAAGAUUUCAUAUUCACAAUCAAAUGAAGUUAAUCAAACUAAUAAUCAGACUGUCAGUGAAAAUUUCCCCGUUGCAGAUACUAGUACAUUCCCUGUAUUUUGUCCUGGUCGUCCGCCUGAUCCACGAGUUCAACUUGGCGAAUUAUUCCGUCAAUUAGAAUUGGAAAAUCAUGCACUUUCCAGUGUUGUUGAUACAACCUCCAUUCGAAGUCCAGAAAUUACUGACGUAUUUAAAAGUCUUCUUUUAUCAAAAGCUACAAGUCAAGCAACAUUAGCUUGUUUAAAACGUUGUAUGGAAUUGAUUAAACAUCAAGAUAUAAGCACUACAGUAGAAAAUAAUAAUAAGACAAAAUUCCAUAAUUCAAAUAAUAUCGAUAGUACAAAUUCAAAUUGUGGUUUAUUCAAUAGUACAGUUGAUUUGCCUAAUAAUGCACAACAAAUCAAUGCUAUGAACAUGGCCAAUGCAUUUUCAAGUGAUAAUGUUCAACUAUCAGACGAAAUGAAAAAUAUCCUCGCUACAUUUCCAUUACCUAUAAAAGAUAUGCAAAUUCAUUGUAUAGAUAUACCGAAUGAUAAUGAUGAAAUCGAUGCUAAUAAUCAUGAUGAUCAAAACAAUGCAGCUUUGAUGAACAAUGAUCAUAAUAAUAAUGUGAAUCAUUUACAAAAGUCAUUGACAAAUUCAGCAAACGAUGAUGAUAAUGAAAAUGGUGGCGAUAGGGAAGAUUAUGAACAUAAUAAAACAAUUGUUUUACAUUUAUUGUCUCAAUUGAAAAUGGGCACAGAAUUAACUAAGGUAGUUUUGCCUACGUUUAUUUUGGCGGAAUAUUCUUUACUAGAAAUGUUUGCUAAUUAUAUGGCACAUCCAAAUUUAUUUUGCAGCAUUACUGAUUAUGUCGAUCCUGAAUGGCGUAUGAUAGCAUUUGUUCAAUGGUAUCUCACCACAUUUCACGCUGGACAUCUGGAUACAAUUGCUAAAAAGCCAUAUAAUCCUAUUAUUGGUGAGACAUUUCAUUGUAGUUGGAUUAUACCAUCGAAUUAUUAUAUGCACAAUGAAUCAUGUAUACCAGAAUUUAAUCAAGAUGCUUGUAAAAUGUCCAUCAGUACGAACAACACAACUACCAAUGUACCUAUAGUUAUACGAUAUUGUGCUGAACAAGUUUCUCAUCAUCCAUCAGUCACUGCUUUUCAAUUUUCUUGUCCUGUUAAACAAAUGAAAUUGACUGGUUCAUUAUGUACCAAAUCGAAAUUUCAAGGAAUGAGUAUUUGUGCAGCAAUGUUAGGCAAAUUAAUAUUGAAACUUGGUGAGCAUAAUGAUGAAGAAUAUCACUUUUCCUUACCUACAAUAUAUGCCAGAUCAAUUUUAACAGUACCUUGGAUUGAAUUCGGUGAUAAAGUCUCAAUUACAUGUCCUCAAACUGGUUAUUCAGCUACGAUCACAUUUUUAACUAAACCACAUUAUGAUAAUAAACUACAUUGUAUUACUGGAGAAAUUUACAAUACCCAUUGUAUUUCACCAACAUCAUCUGAUCGUCCGUCGAAAUGGUCUGCAUCAUCACCAACGACAACAACAACAACAUCAUCAUCAUCUGUAAAUCCAGUUAGUAAUGUCAAUCAUUUGAUUGCACGUAUCUCUGGUGAAUGGAACAAAUUGAUCGAGUUUGAAGUUUUGAAUAAGAAUUUACAUAAAUGGUCAGUGAAUGUUAAUCAUUUGCCUAUUUUUCCUAAACGUCUACGUCCUAUUGAAUGUCAACAACCAGAAGAGUCUCGUCGUUUAUGGCAACAUGUUACUAAAGCUUUACAAUUGCGAAAUUUUAAUAUGGCUACAGAAAAAAAACAUGAACUUGAAGAACGACAACGUUUAAGUGAAAAUUAUCGAGGAUUGUAUAAAUUUGCUUUUCCAGUUAAAUACUUUACAUGGCAUGAAAAUACAUGGAUAUGCAAAACAACUUUGAACUAAUAAUUUACAUGAAAAUAAAAUAAAAACUAAAUAUUUUUUGCCAAUGUAUUUUACUUUGUUUGUAUUGUUAAUUUUGUUUUUUCUUUUUUUUUGUUACUCUGUUUCAUUUUCUUCUAUUUUCAUUUUCUUUUUCCUUUUUUUUCUCUCGUGUAUUUACAAUUUGUUCAUUUUCAUUUAUGCAUUGGAAAUGUGUACUUAAUUAGUAUCGCAAACUAACUAACCGCAUUAUUGAAUUAAACAUUUAACCGUGUUCUAAUGUAACAACACACCAGGUGUUCAAUGUCAAAUGUGUUCAAUAGUUGAACAAUGGUUAAAUAUUCAAUUCCAAUAUAAUUAAUGUAAAAAGAUUAUCAUUUCACCUUUUAAAAAGGAAAUUACUUCAAAAGAAUGCUUUUACAUUGUUGAUAGUCUUCAAAAUUGUACAUUUUUUUUACUGGUCAUGUCAUGUUGAAACGGUUAGUUGUUGAUCGAUUGUCGUUGAAUAGAUCAAGUUGUAAUCAAAAUAGAUUUGGUCAAUCAUUGGAAAAUUCAAAUUCAUACCACACGAUAUGAUUAUUGAUCUCUUUGAUGUUUUAUCAAUGAUAAUAAUAAUAAU